AUGGAUAGAGAUCAGAUCAGUUCAAAUUUAGACGAUUUUUCGAAAUUCUUAGAUUAUUUUAUACCAGGCGAACAAAUAUGUAUGGACGAGUUGACGAUGAAAUUCAAAGGCCGAAUUUCAUUCAUCACCUACAAUCUGAAAAAACCAACAAAAUGGGAUGAUAUCAGAGUUUAUACUCUAGUUGAUUCAAAUACUGGCUACGUUUGUUGUAUUUUACCCUAUGGAUCACUCACAACCGAGCUGUUGGUGAGACCUGAUCUACCUGUUUUCAGGAGAAUUCCAAUUCAUCUCUAUGAAAUGUUGUUAAAUAAAAUUCCUGGUGCUCGGGGACACCAUAUGUUCACGGAUUGCUAUAUUAGUUACAUCUUGGCUCAAGAACUAGCCAAACUGAAAUGUCAUUUUACCGGGACGAACAGAAAGGGAUUGCCCAGUAAGAUAAAAAAACUAAAAUUUUUAAAAAAAUCCACGGUAGUUUACGGAAGAGGUACUUUACUUUUAGCAUGGAAGGAUAAAAGGACCGUCACUUGUUUGACCAUUAAGAAUGACUACCGUCGAAAGGAUUGUACGAGGUGGUGUGGAAACCAACAUCAAGAAACCCAAUAUAUACAAUUGAGAAGAACUUAUCUUCAGCAUCGUGAUCUAGCGUCGACGUUGAUCAUCGAUGAACCCCGACUAAAUGGAAAGCUCCAUAUUGUUUUGAAAGGGAUAAAAAGGGAUUGCAAGGCUUGCUCUGACCAUAGUAAGCCUGGCGGUAGACGUGAAACCUCGUAUUAUUGUGAUACGUGCCCUGAU